CGCCGUGCGCGCGUCGCGAGCAGGAAGAUCGGAGGACCGACGCGGAGAAGCGCCAAAGGAGGAUGGACACCCGAGGAGGAUGAAUUGUUGCGCGGCGCGGUGGCGGUGUACGGGGGGAGGAAUUGGAAGAAGAUUGCGGUGUACUUUAGCGAUAGCCGCACCGACGUGCAGUGCUUGCACAGGUGGCAAAAAGUGCUCAACCCCGAACUGGUGAAAGGGCCGUGGACCGCGGAGGAGGACGCGCGAAUCAUCGAGCUCGUCACCGAACUCGGGGCGAAGCGAUGGUCCAAAAUCGCGGGCGAGCUUCCUGGGAGAAUCGGGAAGCAAUGCCGCGAGAGAUGGUACAACCACCUCGACCCGGAGAUCAAGCGCGAGGAGUGGAGCGCAGACGAGGACCGUCAGUUGAUCAUCGCGCACGCACAGUACGGCAAUCGCUGGGCGGAAAUCGCCAAGUCUUUCAAAGGACGCACCGAUAACGCGAUUAAAAAUCACUGGAACUCCACGUUGAAGCGCAAGGUGGACCAAGCGUUGAAUCAAGGG